GCCAGGCUGGGAGGAGGAAUGGGGGGCCCCCGCUCUCCCCUGCAGUACUCAGGGGGCUGCUGAGCACUCUCUGGGUGUUCAGAGCUGAGCUCACAGGCCUGAGACAUCAGGCCUUGAAUUAGUGAGGCAUUCUUUGCAGCUGUGGGCUCGAGAGAGGCAGAGCUGGCGGUGGCCCAGGAGUGAUGGGGAAAGUGGCCCCAGGUGUGGCAAGGCAGGGACCGCCUCAGCCCUGUGCCUGGACUUCUGCGUUCCACCAUGAGGCCCCGGUGGACCCUCACAGGCUCAGCCCGGGGCCACCUGUCCAGCUUAAUAAUACAGUCCCUCAGGGGGAUGAGUUAGUUCUGGGCACCCCCACACCGGAUCCCGUUGCCUGUCCAAUUUGGGGGUCCACCUGUUGACCUUUCCCCCUACCUCCCUUACCCCCCUUUGCCAUAUCAUUUUGGGUCCCAGGCUGGGUCUUGCUCUUGCAAACUUCAUUAGGGUCUGAGUGUGGCCAGGAAUCUCUGUGACUUAGGGCCAAAGAGGGAGCUGCCGAGCCUUUGCCCCCCGGGCUUCCCGUGGAAGAUUGCUCUUUUGCUGGGUUAUUUCUGUGGGGCUGGCUCUAGGGCUUAGGGUGUGGGCCUGUGGACAGACAGGGCAGCGGUGCCCCUGAGAGCUUGGCAUCACAGUCACUUGGGAAGGUAGCUGGUUGGCGGGGCCAUGACAAGAGGCCUGAACUGGGCAGGUGGAAGGCUUGGUUAUGAUAGUGUCACAGCCCUUGAAAUAAAAAUAGCCUUUGUUUUGGGGGCGGAAGUUCUGGGUCCAAAGUGGGCAAACAGGUACCCCCAUGAGGCAUUUCCUCAAAGUGGGACUUAUUUUCUGUCUCUCUCUUUUUUUACUGAUGGGGAAACUGAGGCAUGGAGCAGGCCGCUGGAUUCACAUUCCUGGCUGUGUCACACCCCAGGCUCCCUUGAAUGAACCCAGAAGCCUCGUGGCCAAUGGCCAGCCUUGGAGGGGAAUUUAACGGAGGUGGUCCUUGCUGUGGGGGCGAGGCAGCCCCAUGGGCAGGCAGUAGAGACAGAGCUGGGGAAAUUUACCAGUCUCUGGCUGCCAGAGCUCAGGUGUGGUGGGGCUGUUUGGGGGUCAGUGUUGGGAAGGGGACCCUAGACCAGACUUUAUAGGAGGAAAGCAAACCACUUGGAUAUCCCAUCACGGAGGGUCUUGGAACCCAGGGGGGCCGGGAUAGAGGGACCGAAUGGGCAGGGAGGCAGCUGAGGGUGUACGGAAGAGGCUAUCAGGGUGCAGGUAAGCUAGGGGAGCAUCACCCUCUCUGCCCAUCCCCUUGUUUGUGUGUGCCCCCGGGGGGGCGGGGUAGGCCCAUCUGUUCCUUGUUAGGUACUCAACAGACCGUCUUCCAGGAGAGUAAUUAAUGCCAAGUUGCUGGCGGAUCCAGCAGCAAGCUUGUCCCAGGGCUUUAUCCUGGCGGCCCAGAUGCCCUGCUGACCCCAGAAAUGCUGUUCCAUUCCCAGCCAGCAAUCCUGGAGACACGGGGGGCCGAGUUGCCGGCAAAGCCCCUGCUUCUGAGCCUGAAUGGUAGAGAGGGCUUGGGUGGGGGUAGGCAGCCAGAGAUGGCCACAGGACGUUCCACCUUGCCUUCCCGCCCCGGGCCUGCCUCCGCCACCCACAAUGAAACUUCUCUUUCGUUGCUGGCUGUGCCCCAGACUUGCUGUGCGACAUUAGCCAUGUUGCUUAUCCUUUCUGGGCAGCUUUCUUUUCCGCCUCCAUCUGUAGAAUGGGUGUCGGACUGCGCCAUUGCUGAGGACCCCCUCCCCUUGUCUUAGUCUUAGCUUUUAUCUGCCUGAUUCAGAGCGGCCCCUGCUGGCAUCCCCAUUUCCUGCUCCCUGUAGACUUCCCCUUGGUGCUCCUCACCGCUCUCUGGCUGUGUCCUCUAACCCAGGGCCAGGUGACUGCUGGCUCUGUCUGUAAUUAACUCCUGCCCAUGCUUGGGACACGGGGCACUCAGCGCCAGCACCCCCAGACCAGCGGGUUCCCCUAGGGCCAGGGAGAGGUGACUGUUUCCACAGUGGCCACCUCCAGUCGGCCCAGCACAUUCCUCAGGCUUAUCUGGGGGCCCGCCCCACUGGACUCUGCCCUCCCACCCAGGAAGCAGCACCCAGAGGAGCUACUGAAGAGUUCCAGGGGCCGGGAUGAGGGCCUGAGUGGGCUUGACUCUCAGCCUCCCUCCUGGGGCUGGAGAGAACCAGCAGGCGCCGGGCAGAGGAGCUGCUAGAACAAUGCUGAGGCGGGCGAGGUGAGGAGCGGCCCUCGCGGCCCCCCCGACGACGGAGUGUCUCGAACAGGUGAUAGGAGGAUCCGGAAACCGAGGCCACCUGGGCAUCCCUCCCCGCUCUCAGCCAGGCCCGGCACCCCAAAGGCAGUGGGGAAACCAUGGCGACCAAUUUCAACGACAUCGUCAAGCAAGGCUACGUGAAGAUGAAGAGCAGGAAGCUCGGGAUUUACCGGAGGUGCUGGCUGGUGUUCCGGAAAUCCUCCAGCAAAGGGCCCCAGCGGCUGGAGAAGUACCCAGAUGAGAAGUCAGUGUGCCUCCGAGGCUGCCCCAAGGUAACUGAGAUCAGCAACGUCAAAUGUGUCACGCGGCUCCCCAAGGAGACCAAGAGGCAGGCGGUGGCCAUCAUAUUCACCGACGACUCAGCACGUACCUUCACCUGCGACUCAGAGCUGGAGGCGGAGGAGUGGUACAAGACACUGUCUGUGGAGUGUCUGGGGUCACGACUCAAUGACAUCAGUCUGGGAGAGCCGGACCUCCUGGCCCCAGGAGUGCAGUGUGAGCAGACAGACCGCUUCAAUGUCUUCCUGUUGCCCUGCCCCAACCUGGAUGUGUAUGGCGAGUGCAAGCUGCAGAUCACCCACGAGAACAUCUACCUCUGGGACAUACACAACCCCCGCGUGAAGCUCGUCUCGUGGCCCCUCUGCUCGCUGCGUCGCUAUGGCCGGGAUGCCACACGCUUUACCUUCGAGGCUGGCCGGAUGUGUGAUGCCGGGGAAGGGCUCUACACCUUCCAGACACAGGAAGGGGAACAGAUCUACCAGCGGGUCCACAGUGCCACCUUGGCCAUCGCUGAGCAACACAAGCGCGUCCUGCUGGAGAUGGAGAAGAACGUGAGGCUGCUGAACAAGGGCACGGAACAUUACUCAUACCCCUGCACGCCCACCACUAUGCUGCCCCGCAGUGCCUACUGGCACCACAUCACAGGUUCCCAGAAUAUUGCCGAGGCGUCCAGCUGUGCCGGUGAGGGGUACGGGGCAGCCCAGGCCAGCUCAGAAACAGACCUCCUCAACCGAUUCAUCCUGCUAAAGCCAAAGCCCGGCCAGGGGGAUGGCAGCGAGACCAAGACCCCAGCCCAGUGACGGCAGGGCCGGCGCGCGCCAAGGACCGCCGGGGCUGCCUCUUGCUGGGCCGACUGCAGCGUGUUGUGGACGCCCUCGAGGGGCUGCUGGCCAAGAGCCUGGAGAAGCGGAGCAAGCUAUCCCUUCCUUGCCCCCAGGGUGAGGCUGGACCAAGGCAAAGGGCUGGCCACACCGCCAGAGCAUGUGCGGGGCUGGAGCUACUGUGGGACUAUAUACUGUUAAUGAUUUUAAUAUAUAUGGCUUAUGACAUAUUCUAUACUCCUGAGAUUUCCCCCAUCCCUCCCCGAUACCACAUACAGUUUUUAAUCCCAUGACCGGGUCACAGUCAAGGCUGUUUUUGAACGUGAGGGCAGCUGUUCCCUGUCCUCCGUGGCACAGCCCUCCUGCUGCCAGGACUUGCUUGAGUGGCCAGGGCCAGAGGAGGGAGACAGAGCUCCAGGCUGGCGCUGGGACCGCUGGCUUUCCCCAAGCAGCCCAGGGGCUGAGACAGCAGGUGGCUUCUCAGUUCCUCUGGGCCUAGAGGGGCACAGGAAGGAGUUGAGCUUCCACUGUGCCUCUUGGCAGCCUUGCACUUGGGAGUUUUAAGCAGAGGUGACAUCUGGUUGACACCUCAGGUGAAAAUCUGGUUUUAAAAUGUAAUUUUUGCCCAGGCUCCUUCCUGCUUAGUAGGCGGAGAAGAUCCCCCAGGGGUGGGGGUGCAGGUCACCUCAGCGAGGAGGAGGAGGGCCGGUCUGAGCUCUUCCCCACCCCGGGGCCAGGCUGCGGGGAGCACCCCUCCCCCACCCUCACUGACCUGGGGGUAGGUGAUGUCCCAGCAGAGGAAGCCCCUCUGCCCUGUUUGGCCACCCUAUGGCCGGCCAAAAGCACUCGGAAACCGAGCCCUUCCCAUCUCCUCUUCCCCACAUGGUGCUGAGGCUCCCUGCUGAAAUGCAAUUAAAGCAAUUGAUUUUCUA